CGCUUUUUGAUAAGAAUUUGAAUAUUCACAUUAUGCACGUAAUAGAAAUUUGAAUUAGUAGUGUAUGCAAACAAUACAUAUAAUAGUGUCGCAAAUAAGUUUUUGAGCCACAUGGCUAUCUGUUCAUAUGAAAAUAAAUGUUACUGACUCGGUCACUUAACCAGUUUUCGAAAAUUUAUCCAGAGAGUGACCAUAAAAAUCUCCAUAUAGCUAAAAAAAAAACAGGUCAUCAUCGUUUUUUCCCCAAACGAUGUCAGAAGACAUGUCCAUUUUCCCAAGGAUUGCUUUGAAGCCUGAAGUUCAUGAUUACUUGAGAAAUGUCUUCUCAAACAAGGAGGUGUUGGCUGCAGUGGGUCAGGGAGAAGCGGAGAAGAGGUUCCAGAGGCUGCUGUCGUGCCUGUCCCACCCGCCUGCCAUCACCUGUGUACGUACCAGCACUCACCUGGCUCCGCUGGAGGAGAUCCAACACAGACUGGAGGAGGAACUGAAACAGCAGAAGUGUGGCUCUGAAGACGUUUCCGUUACCGUUCUCCCCCACCCACACAUUCCAGAUGUGCUACUUCUUCCUGUCAUGGGCCCUAGGCCAGUGGUCCAGCUCAGCGCGGAGGUCAUAGUAGGGGCUCAAUGCGGCAGUGCUGUUCUGAGAGGAGCGCAUGUCUUCGCCCCAGGGAUCCUUGCCACACCCAAGUUCAUGAAGAAGGGUGAUCUGGUAUCGGUCUUCUCAGACUUAGAGAGGAAGUGCACGCGGGGAAACAAGGAUUUCCACGGGAAAAUAGUGUUUUUGGGAAAUGGAGUGUCAGAAAUGGACCGUGCUGACAUAUUCUGUUCAGACCAACCAGUCAAGGGUGUUGGCAUAUGGAUGGUUGAGCCCCUGUACCAGAGUCCCUCUUUUGACGGGAUACUGCCCAGCCUGGUGUUCCUGCAGAACCUGCCGUCGGUGGUGGUGGGUCACGUGCUAGGGCCUCGUCCCGGAGAGCGUAUCCUGGACAUGUGUGCUGCCCCAGGGGGAAAGACCUGCCAUAUUGCUUCCCUGAUGGGAGGGCAGGGAGAAGUAGUGGCCUUGGAUAAGAUCAAAGGCAAGGUGGAGCGCAUCCGUCAGAAUGCCAAGGCGCUGCUUCUGGACUGCAUCAAAGCAUACUGCUUCAACAGCAUCAAGGCUGUGUGCUCAGACCGCGGCCAGGACACCGAGGGUCCGCCCUACCCUCCAGAGAGUUUUGAUCGGGUACUGCUGGACGCUCCCUGCAGUGGUCUGGGCCAGAGACCCAACAUGGCUUGUACCUGGAGCCUGAAGGAAAUUUGCUCCUACCCCCCUCUGCAGCGCAAGCUCUUCCACACGGCGGUGCGGCUUCUGAGGCCUGGCGGCGUUCUGGUGUACAGCACCUGCACUGUGACCCUGUCAGAGAACGAAGAGCAAGUGGCCUGGGCACUCGACACCUUCCCCUGCCUCUCGCUGGAGCCGCAGGAGCCCCACAUCGGAGCGGAGGGCAUGCCGGGAGCUGGCCUGUCGCCUGAGAAGCUGCGUCUCCUCCAGAGGUUCAGUCCAGAGCUGGACUGGGUCCAGGAGACAGGGGAGGACGACAGCUCCACAAAGCUGCCAGAGUCCCUGCCCCCCCUCUCUCAACGAGCCAACAAGGACACUAUCGGUUUCUUCAUCGCCAAGUUCCUGAAGCGCUGACAUGGCUAGACUGGAGCGAGUACUCUACCCUACCUGGUCAGAACCGAGCUGUCCACCGUUCCUUCACACAGGCGCCUGCCGAGAGAAAACAGUGGCGUUUACCCGUGUCAAUGUGCUCGGGCGGAAUAGUGUUCAGCUCUCCCUGAACCAGCGUUUCCCACCUCUCAGUCCUGUCUGUAGGCCAAUUCAAACUGGGCCAUGUAGGGAUGACUGGUAUAAACAGAGGGAGAAAAGGAUCAAACUGAGCAAGUAAAUGUUUUUAAGGCGAGUUAGGAAGAAAACACAGGGAGAGUGAGUUUCGGUGAAUGCAGUUCUUCUGCCGUUGCCAUAACAACAGUGACGACACAGCUGCCAUGGUGACGGAGGAUUUGCUGGCUCCGGGAGUGUGGAUCAGGAAGUAGCGUGCCGAAAGGGAUCACAAGAAAUGUAUUUAAAAUGUACAGCCUUUUGGUUAGUGUUUCUCCCUUUUAUCUGAAAUCCGACAUUGUGUAUACACAACGGCAAAUUGCUGCAGAACCAAAACAUGAGUCACAAAUAGGAACAGUCAUGUAUAUGAUACAGAUUUGACCAUCAUUCUAAUGAAAUCUGUCAGUACUCUCAGAUGUGUAUUUAAUUUUCAAUAAACAAAUUUUGCCAAUUU